AUGAUCAGACGGCAAGUCUACUCGAUCGCGCUACUCCUGCAGUUUAUAGCUGGUCUCGAGGUCGCACCGAAUUCACCAUGUGCAAAAAAAUGUCUCGAUGAUCCAAACAAGGGCAACCCAAGUUGGACGAAUGCAUCUCUGACAUUCGGUCCUGACCUCGCCUGCAUGGAUAAGGACUUUGUGGGAAAGAAUGCGACAAAGGUCGCGAAGAAAUUCGCAGAGUGCCAGACAUGCAUGCAGUCAAGUGGCUGGGGUGACGAAGAAAGCGGCGAGAGAGACACACAAUGGUUCCUAUUUAACAAUCGCGGAGCAGCUGACUAUUGCUUGUUCGGACGCUUCGCGGAGGAAAGUGACGACAAUAUCUCUUCCAAGGAGCCAUACAAACAGUGCUUCUCAGCAUGCAACCCCAUAUACGCAGCAUCGGACUACCGCGUGAAAAGCGAUCCCGAGAGCUACAGCUACUGCGACAGCAACGGCAACUACACAUCCGAUGCGCAGAAUUGUAUAAAGUGUCUCUACGACGGCAAGGGCUUGACGAUACUGGGUAACAUCGUAGCAACUCUGAAAGAGCUCUGCAACACAAAACCCGGCAAAAACAUCGACCUCGACGCGGACAUCUACAACACUACGCAGAUCAAGCUCUCCGCCGCCUCCCCAAACUCAACCUCUACCUCCCUCCCCCCAGUCUCACCGUCCGACUCCGGUUCCAGCCUCUCCAAAGGCGCCAUAGCAGGCAUCGUCCUCGGCGGCCUCGUCGCCAUUGCCGCAGUCCUGGCCGGCAUCCUCGUCUUGCUCCGCCGCGCAAGAAAGCGCCGCGAAACCAAGACCAUCGAGAUGCCAGACAGCGGGACGAGCACGGCCGCAAUACCAAACGCAUCGUACCAGUACACACCCGUCCGGGAACACAAGUAUGCGCAUGACAGCGCACCGGGAGCGACAAGACCGAUCAGCGAGCUGCCGAGUAUGGGGAAUGAUGUGGCGGAGUUGGGACCGAUGAGCCCGACACAUGGAGCGAGCGAGUUGGGGACGGGGAGUCCGUAUCGAGGUUUACCAGGUUUGAACGGUCGCCGCAAUUAA